AUGUUUCCGCAAAAACAUGCGUUCGGAUACACGUAUCUGCUCUGCGGCUUUCCCAUCUCUCCAACGUGCACCGCAGCGGAUGGUAACGAGGUACGGGAUGGGGAAGACCAAAUCAUGGGAAGCUGGUGGUUGCGGAUAAGAGCUGAGGACUAUCUAGAGCGAGGAUAUGGUGCGCUAGGUUUCUAUGGAAAGCUAAAGCUAUUCUUGAGGGGCCAGUGUGUCGAAGAUCGAGAAUGGUCGUAUGCCUACCUUGUCACCGCUCCACGCUUCUUCAGCUACUCUUUCAAUCCCGUGUCUUUUUGGUACAUCUACAAUCGGGAGCAUGAGCUCAAGAAGAUGAUCCUCGAAGUGAACAACACUUUCGGAGAGAGACGCAUGUACUUGCUGGAUGGGUUUUGUCCACCGAGGACCCCUGAGUCUGAAGGAUCCUCGCCGGAUAUGACGAAAACAAAGUUCACCGACACCUGGAUGAAGGACUUUCAUGUAUCGCCGUUCAACUCCCGAAAGGGAUCCUACUCUUUGAAGGCCGCCAAUCCGUUCCCCUCUCCUCGUUAUCCCGAGCCUGCCAUCGACAGCACCAUCACAAUGAAGUCAUCUAAAGACCAUGCGAAGCUCGUUGCGAGGAUAUACACUACCGGGAAACCCCUAGAUCCUGCUAGGCUCGGUGUUCUGGCGACUUUGCGGUUUGUCGCUGGCUGGUGGUGGGUAGGAUUCAUGACUUUCCCGCGGAUAUUAAAAGAGGCAUUCAAGCUCUACUUCUGGCGAAGCCUACGUGUGUGGUUCAGGCCAGAAGUGCUAUCUUCCAGCGUCGGUCGUAUACCCACAAAUGCAGAAGACGCUUUGCAGAACAUCUUCAAAGAUUAUCUCAACCACCUCGUGCAGCGAUCAUCCGUUCCAUUCUCGAUCAACCUGCACACGGCGAUUCCCGAUCGACCUAGGCAGAUAGUCGCAACAACCCUUCAACAUGGGGGUGAGAUUAGCACUAAUAAUCUCGAUAUCCGAAUUCUAACUCCAGCGUUCUAUUCACGUUUUGUGCACUACUCCCAUACCUGGGAAGCGUUCGACCGCGAAUGCACCUUUACGGAUGAGAAGAACCGGACGCUGUGGAUCUCGCAUCCCGAGCUGCUCCCUUUUCUCCUGCCGAACCCGAGAGAUCUUGAAUCUGAGGCCGACGAAGGUCUAGUGAAGAGAAGCCCUCUAGACGAGCUACGAUGGAAGCUGCUAAAGAAGCUGAGAUGCCCACCCGCAGAACCUGCGUACCCAGUCACGCCAAAGUCCGCCGACUUCAACGUUAACGACAUUCGAGCGAUGCCUUACUCGGAGCUGGAUCGGUUCGUGCGAGGACCCGGCGGUCGUGCGUAUUCCGGCUUUUACAGGAGGACCGUCACUAAACUCUUCCUUGCUCAAAGAUUUACGUUUGGAUUUCCGGAAGUCGUUGACAUACUCGACUUCUUCCUGAGGCUCCUACUAUGCUGGUUCGGCUCGAGAAAGUUAGUAUCGUGGGCUCAGAUGGUUGAGAAGCAUAGUCUUGACUGGCGCUCGUCCGACCCUAAAGGAUCCCUAGUUCUCGGCGCACUCGGGAGAGCUGAAAUAGGAUUGUGGUGGUUGACAGCUUUGACAAUCUACGUGUGCGGAUGCCAUCUUUAUGGGCUCCUAAAAGGGUGCAAGUGA